GAUGGGUGGAACGACAGAGGGGAGAUGCUUUCCCCAACCUGGCGCGCUCCUUGAUACUCCGACCUGCCAUGCCCCCCCCCCCAAAAAAAGUCAGACGGUAGAGGAUGAUGGGUUCUAUACCAGUGCAUUUAGAGGUGGACAGGUCGGGGACAGCCGCUUCGCAUCUCUCUUGGAGGCUGAAGAGCGGAUGAUGGGUGUUGUAGUGCAGCACCCCUGACUCUUGGAUGCAAGAGGCUGUGCCAUGAAGGUGAAAUUAAAAAAUGUUUUUGUCGUCUAUUUCCUGGUGUCAGUGACUGGCCUCAUGUACGCCUUGCUGCAGUUGGGGCAGCCCUGUGAUUGCAGCCAACACCUGAAGGCUGCUAGCGACCUCAUCCACGCCAAGGAGAAGCGCCUGUCCCAGUUGCAAAGAGAAGUGAAGCGGCUGCAGGGCCUGGAAAAGGUGCUGGGACCGAUAGAAGACACACCGGUGGUCAUCUAUGUGGUCACGCCCACCUAUGCCAGGCUGGUUCAGAAAGCCGAACUGGUCCGGCUCUCCCAGACGUUGAUGCACGUCAAAAACCUGCACUGGAUCGUGGUGGAGGACUCGCCCCGCCGGACCCAGCUAGUCUCCGAGUUGCUGGCCCAAAGUAAGCUGCCUUUCACCCACCUCCAUGCUGAGACCCCCAAGGAGCACCAGCGGAAGGAGACUGACCCCAACUGGCUGAAGCCACGCGGAGUAGAGCAACGGAAUUUGGCCCUGCAGUGGCUGCGCCAGCAUCGCAAGCUGACCGACGCCGGCGUGGUGUACUUUGCGGACGACGACAACACCUACAGCCUCCGCCUCUUUGACGAGAUCCGUUCCACCAAGAGGGUCUCGGUCUGGCCCGUCGGCCUGGUGGGAGGCCUCCGUUUCGAGCGGCCCCUGGUGGAAAAGGGCAAAGUGGCCGGCUUCUACACGGCAUGGAAGCCCAACAGGCCCUUCCCCGUUGACAUGGCGGGCUUCGCCGUGGCCCUGUCGCUGCUGCUGGCCAACCCGGAGGCACGCUUCGACUUGCUGGCCGAGCGGGGCUACUUGGAGAGCAGCCUGCUGCAGUCCCUGGUCUCCAUGGAGGAGCUGGAGCCGAAGGCGGACAACUGCACCAAGGUCCUCGUCUGGCACACCCGCACCGAGAAGCCUAAGAUGAAACAGGAGGAGCUCUUACAGAAGCAGGGACUCGGCUCCGAUCCCCACAUCGAGGUGUGAGACCAGCUCCCAUCCAGGUACCACAAUGGGGGUGGACAUCUUUGCCGGGCUGGAGAGCCCACCCCAGGCUGGAAUGGGAUUGCCUUGUAUAGUUAGAGAGAGAACACAUUAAUUUAUGAAGGCUGAAUCCUGCGCUCACCCAAGCUCUCUUUGUGUGAUGGGGCCGAUGGCCAGGACGCUGCCUUACAGGAAGAGAACUCUAUGACCCAAUAUUUAAAUAAAUCUGGAUGGGGAAAAUGGUUCCCCGGUCCUGGGGAGGGGCUGGGUCCUGUCCCACUUGCUGUGUGCGUCUCUUAGUGUUGUCCUGAAGGCUGCUCUGAUAAUAUGCAUGGGAACCUUAACAAUCCUUCUGUCGAGUUUCAUAGAUUCCCCCCCCCCCCAAGACUCUUGUAACAAAUCUUUUAACAAACCAGGAUUGGCCAAUUCACAUUUUCUUGGGUCUCUCCUAUCUCCUGCGGUGGGAAAAGGCAGUUUUUGCCCAUUUCAGACUUCUGGACUUCAACUCCCAGAAUUCCCCAUCCAGCACGCUUUAAGAUAUGUGGACUUCCACUCCCAGAAUUCCUCAUCCAGGAUACUUUGAGACGACUAGACUACAACUCCCAGAAUUCCCCAGCCAGCUUGCAUGGAAUUGACUACAACUCCCCAAAUUUUCCAGCCAGCAUUCUUCAAGGUAUCUGGACUUCAAUUCCCAUUUAACUUUAUUUAAUUUCUUUACUAAAAUAAAAUAAAAAUUGCAGGGGGCCAUUCUGGGACUUGAAGUUCACACCCCUUAAAGCAUGCUGGGGCUGGGGAAUUCUGGGAGUUGUAGUCAAGGAGUCCACCCGCUUUUUAUAUUGCCGAGGCUGAAAAACACCGCUUUAAAGCAUACUCUGUAAUGGUUUAAUUUCGGGUACAGGGAUGGGCGAAUUCAACCUAAGAUGGUUCUUUAGCAAACCGGGGUUUAUCCGGAUUUGGGAAAACCUUACCAAAUUUUGUCCUUUUUGCCUACGUUUGGGGGGAAAUCACGCUGCUUUCCGCACGCUGCCAUAUUUUACUUUGAUCGUGUUUGCUGUUGGGGUGGCAAACAAAUAGAUUUGUGACAUCGCCUAUCUAGUUUGCCUCCAUCUUUGCUGCGUCCGAACCCGUUUUGUUUCUCGGACGCGCCUGGAAUUACCCAAUCACGGUGAGGUCUACCCGCUUGGAAAACGAACGUAGGAAUGAGAAUCUCCAAUCUGGGGAGGGGUUUAAAUCCUCAGUUUGCCCCAGCUUGAUUGGCACCAGAAGAGACUCACUAAGUGAUCGAAGAACAGUGAAGCUGAAUUUCUUAGCCUGGUGCUGGCCUUCCUCAAAUAAAUGCGCUCAUCGCUUUCCCACACCCAGUUUUUACAACCUUUAACGCUGAGCUAAGGACUUCCAGCAACGAGGUGUGUCUUUGCAACACACUCCGGCCUCACCCAAAACUUUCUCAACACAAAGAGUGUCGCUGUGGACACAUAUUUCAGGAGCCAGAUUCGUUUUUUUCAGCGAUGACUGAAGGAAGGGAUACAAUCCUGGCAGUCUCUUACUUACAACAGGUCCACAUUUAGUGACCGUUCACAGCUACAGCGGCACUGAAAAAAGGGACUUAGCACAGUUUUCCACCCUUAUGCCGUGGUCACGUGAUCAAAAUUCAGAAGCUUGGCAACUGACUCGUCUUUACGACGGUCGCAGUGUCCCGGGGUCACGAGAUCCCCUUUUGCGACUUGACAAACAAAGUCAACGGCGAAGCCGCUUAACAAUCCUGUGACUAAGUUAACAACCAGAGUGAAUCUCUUAUCAACUGUAGCAAGAAAGGUCAUAAAAUGGAGCAAAAGCGACUUAACAACUGUCUGGCUUAGCAACAGAAACUUUGGUCAUAAGUUGAGGCACCCUCUGCAUUGGCCAUUGUUUAUCCCCUUACGCCCUGAUCAACCUCCUCAGCCUGGUGCUAAGCCACAAUUCACAACGCUGGAAUGGCUGACUUUACCUCGCGUCCUCAACCGUCGUGUCCUCCCUUAACGCACGGAGCGUAACCCGAUCGUGGUUUUUAAACCGCAAUUCAUGGCUUAGCGUAGGGCUGCGGCCCUCGCCCAUAUUUGCUUGAGUGGAAAAGCAGAGCAGAAAUUCAAUAAAUCAUGUCGUAAGCUUUUG